GGCACGAGGCAAGAUGGCGGCCAUGUGUGUGAGCGCGCAAUGGCUGCCCCUGCAGAGUAGGAGGAGGCGGUGGUGAGGGGAGGAGUAACGCGAGCUUUGUUCCCCUCGCAGCCCGGGCGGGGAGGAGGCCGUCGCCGCUGCAGCAUAUCGCGCCUUUAGCUGCGGCGGGUGUUCGCCUUGUUUCCACCCGUUUCUUAGUGUGUGACCGGGGGUUUGGGAACUGGGACCCCCCGGCCGGGCCAUGAAGAGCCCGGGGCCCCCGGAGCCGUGACGCGUGUCCCGCCGCCGCCUCCCUCCGGAGCCCCUUGUAUGGCGGAUAUGGCCCCGGCCCUGACCGAAGCCGCCACCGAAGCUCACCACAGGCUGAAGCUGGCCGCAUCGUCUCCCGCUUCGACGCCCUCCGUCACCCAGCCCGAGCCGCUGCUGCCCGUGUGGAAACCGCCCGAGCUGAACGGGGUGCGGCCGGGUGCACGGCGGAGGCCGCCAAACUCAGGGACUCCCCUCCUGCUGCUGCGGCGAAGCAGCCUCAACGUAGGCCGGGAGAGCCCGAUCGAGGGGCUGGUGCGCAGAGCAGGGCCGAACGGGGAGCCCUCACCCUGGGAGGGGAAGGAGCAGCGCGCGAUGGAGGCCCCUGGGCCGCAUGGUGGAGAGGAGCCCCCGGUUUCGCUGUGUGUACCGGAGGAUCCCCCGUUUUGCCCGAAGGAGGAGACCCCUGCACCGGAGUGCUUGCAGGAGGGGCCCCAAGCCCCGGUGUGUCUGCAAGAGGAACCCCUGUGCCCGCUGAGGACGGCCCGCAUGUGCAGCCGGCAGCAGGAUCUGGGAGCCCGUGCCAGGAAGCUGUGUCGGCGGCUCCAGGUGAUCCAGGCCAAGCAGGUAGAGAGGCAUGUCCGGCAGCAGCUGUCGGGACUGGCGGAGCUGCUCUCGGACAGAGGGGCGACUGGCCUGUCCGGGUCUUCCCAGUUAGAACUGGAGCGGCUGGCGGAGAGUUCCACGGCCAGGCUGCGGGCGGCGCAAGGAGGCUUCGACUCGGACGCCACGGAGAGCAGCUCGGGAGGCGAGAGUGACUGCGAGGAUCCGGCCGUCCGGCCUGCGGGAGAGCAGCGCCUGGCUGCGGGGUGUAAGCAGCGUGCGGACUGGAGGUGGACGGUGGAGAGGGCGGCCAUCAUCUGCCGCUGGACCUGGUUACAGGCGCAGGUGUCUGACCUCGAGUUCCGGAUACGGCAGCAGACUGAGAUCUACAAACAGAUCCGGUGUACCAAGGGUGGUGUUGUUCUCGGGGAUGGUGCCCAGUCUGAGGACGGAUCGAAUCGGCCCGCAGGAGGUGUGAGAAGCGGCCGCCUGCCUCCCUCGUGUUCCCUGUCUGCUGGACGAGUCGCUUCCGGGGAAGGUCCGGGUGCCGAGGCGGUCAGCCCUGACAAACAGUGUUCCCGCCUCACCCAAUCUGUUGGAAAUGUUUCGUGUCAAAAUCCCCCCGCUACACCGGCGUCUGAAUCCCACGGAUCCCAAAAACCAUCUCGCCAAGUCAACGGACUCGUCAAUUGCGUGCGCUCCGGCCCGGCGUGUAACGGCUCCGCGGGGGAUUUGGAUCCGGACGAGGCGUUGGGCAAGAAACGUCGCGCCGCCGGCCUUCCCGCCUCAGCACUUACAGAGUCCGGCUGCGUGGCUGCGAGAACGCGACCUCUCCGCGGGUACAAGAAGCGGCGGCUCGUCCGAUCCAGCGCGGUGUCGUCCCUGAGCCGGAAGCCGCAGAAGCUGCUGUCUGUGAGGUGCGGCUGCGAGGCCCCCGCCGCGUGCAUUUUGUGCGGCUGUAAAACCCACGCGAAAGAUGCGGACCCCGGCUGUAUGACGCCGAGAGAGCAGAUGGCGCUGACGGACCCCGCUUUCCACCCCAUCCUUUCCUUCCCUCACGACACAUCCCUUAACUUGCACUUUGAAGCUUUGCUGAAAGAUGAUCGGCGAGUCCGGCUCGGCCCCGGGCUCAGGGCUCUGAAGCUCUCCCAGCUUAACAAGAAGCCGCUGGACAGAGGGAAGAGAGAACCGCAGAGCCCCGCGGCGGACCCUGCAGCCGCAGGUUAUUCGCACGCGGGACUCGACCAGGAGAAGCUGUGUCUGUAUCGCCUGGAGACGUGGCAGCGGAGCGCCGAUAGAGUCCGGUCCCAGCUCAGGAGAUCCGCUCCGUUUUCCGCCUCCCAAGGGUCCCUGUUGAAAGAGGAGCGGCCGCACAAAGCGUUCUCCAGCCAUGUAUCCACCACCCCUUCCAGAGCGAGCUCCAUGUGCCACCCGCUGUCCUCUCUCCCCGACACCUCUCCUGCCUCAUCUGCCGGCUCGGCGAACAUUAAAAGGAAAAGAGCGGAGAAUUCGUACGACAUCAAUAACAUCGUCAUCCCCAUGUCCAUGGCGGCAGCCGCUCGGGUGGAGAAGCUGCAGUACAAGGAGAUCCUGACUCCGAGCUGGCGGGUCCUGGACUCUGCGGAGAGAGACGCGUUCCUGGAGGCCGAUCCGCAGCUGGAAGAUCUGUCUGACGAGACCUAUCUGAAUCGGCACAACGCGCAUGAGGAGCAGGAACGAUCUCGCUGGGAUUCCUGGGCUUCGAUGUACCCCCAGAGACGCGGCAGCAGAUCUUCCAACAGGUCAGACGGCCGCUGGACCCCGCAGCCCCCUUCCCACAGCCAGGGGUCCCUUCAGCCAGCAUCUCCGGAUGUCGGAUUCCAGAGCCUUAACGAUGUCCCGCUUACCCUGACAUCCACUGCACCCGACAGCCCAGAGCCUUACAGCACAGUCCCGUGCCUCUCCUUCCGGAACAGGACCAGAGUGUUCUCCUGGAGCGAAGAGACGCGGUCCUCCACCCCGGAGCUUCCCGAUGAAGAAGAGCAGGCCGUUCUGCCGUGGGAGCGCCGAGCGUUUCCCCUCUCAGACAGAGACUUGCGAGCGCUGCAGGAAUUGCCUGACACCCCCACCAGAGGCAGAAGCAAGCAGCCCCCGGACGUCACGUGGCCCCCGCCGGACCAGCCCGGUCCACGAACUGAAAACACAGACUUUGGCGCGGCAACAGAGAACCUCGGCCCCCCUUCCAAAGACCCCCCUCUCCCCAACAGCAUUUCGGUGGUUCGUUUCCGCGCCAACAGCGGCGAGAAAAUCGCGAGCUUGGAGUACUUCCCAGCCAGGCCGGUCACCAAGAGAUGAGACGCCAUCUUCACUCGACGUGACGCAGAACAGACCGCAUACUUUAUUCCGGUAUCAGGCACUUGGCUGGCGCGGCGGCCCCCGUCGGGGCACUAGGGCGCACCAUAAGUUAGGGGUCCAGGGCUCAGCAGCUGCCCGCUGAAGAGGAAGGCCUGAGAUGGAGUGAAGCUCAGAGCUAACGGCCACUCGCCGAGCCCGACACGCUCGGCUAGGCCGUGGGGCGAGCGCCGGGUGGUGGAGGACUCCUUCGGAGCGCCGUGCGCGCAGGAUAGGUAUACGGGGCAGGAGAGAGAAGAGAAAAUCUAUAGAGAAUUCUAAGUAAAAGAUAUUAUAAACUGUCAAAUUCCAGGGAUGGAGGAUUAAAAAGAAAUCUAUGAAUCAGGUUAUAAACUCCCCGGCGCUGCGUCCGGAAUGCCGUUAAUCACCGACGGUUCUCCGCGGAUCGUCCGAGGCUCACGCGGAAUGACGUCUAUCCUACGAGCCGAAACCUGCAGCCGGGUUAUUCCUCCCCGAGCAGAAAUCUGUAAUUAUUGAAUACACGGGCGAGCGGCUCGUGUCUGGCGAUAGCCUGAUGUAUAUACAUUUCUUAAAUUAGAAUAAAGUAAUAAAUUCUGAAUCCUGUUAGACAAUC